UCAAACGAACAUUUCAUCAGUCCAAGACUUUUAAAACUUAUAUUUUCCAUUGACUUUACUUAGUAUAAGCACAUAUAAACUAAUUAUUUUGUGUAUUAAUGUAUUAAGGUUUCUCCCGCCACUUUAAGUACUACUUCACGGUGUUCUCAGAUGACGGGUGUAUUGCCGAAUAAAAUAAAAAUGGUAUGAAGGUUUGAGAUGUAUCAUGUUCUCACAGACUUGUUAUCUAUUUUGUUUUGCUGAUUAAACCGUGAAAAAUGUAAUUAUAUCAUUGUUUAUUGAGUGUUAAUGACGUUACGUCGUCUGUAUAUCCGAUUUGGAAUGUUAUUCCCUCGUCUGAUAUGUACGAGGUUCACGUUCUUUUCGUUGGUUACUGUCGGCCAACCAAUGAUGGCAUGUUGGCCAAUUGUACGUGCACAUUAGUUAAAGGCCCUAAAAACAUCAUUGUUGAUACAAUGACCCCUUGGGACAAAGCAGCUUUAGUAGAGGCCAUCCAUGAUCACGGUCUUGAAGUUGAUGAUAUUGAUUAUGUGGUCAGUACUCACGGCCACUCAGACCAUAUAGGUAACAAUAACCUAUUUUUAAAAGCCCAACAUCUAGUUGGCCGAUGUGUUAGUUACAAGCAUAUAUACUACGAUGACAGUAAGUUUUUCAACAGUGACGGUGUGUAUGAAAUCGACAAUUGCAUUCAGAUUGUUUCAACCCCCGGACACACACUGGUAGACGUAUCUGUUAUUGUUCAGACAACUCAGGAAAGUUUUGGCAUUGUAGGUGACUUGUUUGAAAAUGAAGAUGAUUUAAUGGAUGAAUCCAUAUGGCUAAAUGCUGGUAGUGAAAACCCAGAUUCACAGAGAAAAAAUAGGAAAAUGAUCAUGGAGAAAGUGGAUUGGAUUAUACCAGGUCAUGGACCUAUGUUUUCUACUAACAAAUACAAAUGAAAAACUACUGAUGUGGUACAAAUCUGCAUUUAUUAAGUUAUAUUAAGUUUAUCUUGUAUCAUUUCUUAAAUAAUAUCAUGUGUGAAUAAAAUUCAAUAUUUUAACAUUUACAUAUUGUAUAAAUAAAAACAUAUUUUGUAGGAAAGUUAUUGUUCAUACAUGAUAUCGGUUAUGUAGAAAUUUACAAGUUAUGGCAAACAAGAAAAAACAAAUCAUUAAUUACUUUUUCUUAAAUUAAUUUUAAUCAUUGGAUUUCAAUAAGUAAUUCUUGAAAGUUAUAUUCCUGUUUUAUUUAUAAAUAUAUGUAUAAAUAUUUAAAUAUUAUGAGUCAAUAUUUAAUAAUCAGUACA